UCAAAAGUGAACUCAAUAAUAUAGAAAUAAUUAAUUGCCCUCAACUAGCAGAAUUUCGUUGUUAUAACAAUAAAUUAACUAGUUUGAAUCUAAUUAACUGCCCUAAUUUGCAAGUUAUUGAUUGUUCUAAUAAUUUACUCACAAAAAUAGAACUACCUUUAAAGGCGAAAAAACUAGAAAAAUUGUAUCUCGGCAAUAACAAUUUUCCGGAGCAAGAUUUAUCCCUAUUCAAAGACUUAGUGAACUUAAAAGAAUUAAGUAUUGGUAACUAUAGAAACACUAACUUAAAAGAAAUAAGCACUGGAAAUUAUGGAAAAAACCCAAUUCGUCAAGAUACCUACAACCGUUUCCAUGGCUCUCUAGAACCACUAGCCGAAUUAACCAAACUAGAACUUUUAGAAAUUAAUAGCACCGAUAUUGACAACGGUUUAGAAUAUUUGAAUGAUGCUGUUAUCGUUUAUUGCUUAGCAGAAGAAAAAAUAAUAGCGGUUUUACGUAAACAAUUAAAGAAAACUAGAGAGGAAAAAGUACAAUUAGAAGAGCAAUUACAAACUGAAAAAGAAGAAUUCAAGAAGUUUCAGGAUAAAAGU